GCCACAUCAGCUCGCGCACUCCGCAUCCCAACUUUUAAAUAAAUUCAUUCAUACGCAAAGAAUUUUCGAAACAAACGAAUACCAUUCGCGUGUAAUUUUAUGUUUGCUGCGGGGGAGAGCGGGCGGGCGUACGUAUGAACGUUUUCAGGGUGGAGAAGUGAACAAAUAGUAGAGACGGUAAAUCAGUUGGUCACACAACGCGCGUGCAAGCAGUAGUCGCGUCGUAAAACAACAAAGUCAUUUUACUGUAAAUAAUUCAAUUAGACAAGCAGAUAUACAUACAUACAAACAUACAUACAAAUUGCAUAUUGAAUUUCGGUUUCGAUUUCAUUUUCGAUAGCAUUUUUUAUUGAGAGGAAAAAGCUUCCUGUUCUGAUAUGCAUAUUCUUCAAUCAAUGCAUCAGCAUGUUUGUGCACGUUUCGUUGUAUUAGAAGAAGCUGUCUGUGUUCUGAAAAUGAUUUGAGAAUUCAGUGGAAAAGUAGUGCGCGUGUGUUGAGCGUGUGAACGCGGAAAAUUAGAAAUGUGAAGCGUUUUCAACAGCAAGCUUUUUCACAGUUCGAAAGGAAAUCCGUUUUAAAAAUUUAUGACAGUUAAAAUGCAUUCAAAUUUUAAACAAUUAGUGACAAUUUCAUAGAGACACCCACUAAUCGCAUAACCAUGAAAAGAAAAAAGAGACUGCCACAUGCAUAAGAGAAAGAAGAAAAAAAAUUACCUAAAAUUCCUAAAUGUUCGUAAUUUGUGAGCGUGUAAAUUAAUGUUUUACAAAUGAUCGAAUGGUGGUGAUUCUACUACUAUCGCCGCCGUCACCAACACCACAACCACCACAACACACAACAUCAGCAACAAGCAAUGGCUGUGAUGGAGGAUCGAACGAUAGCAGCACUGUAUCGACCACAUCGACCGGCGAUACCGUCAUACCCACCAUCUAUACCGUUAACAAGGCAAUACCACUGCCAAACGAAGCAACAUAUCAGCACUAUCAACCACCACAACCACCGGCGCCAACGGCAUUUGCACAUCAGGAGCACUACCUGUAUCAACAGCAGCAGCAGCAGCAGCACCACCACCACCACCAUCAUCAUCUCCUUACUCCCGCCGAGUACGCUCAGCAGCGACAACGUCAUCAUCGAGCGCCAUCGCUGCAUGGAAAAACGCCACAAGCGAAACCCCAGCCUAAAACAGCACAACAUUCUAGUCAUUUGCGUAGCGAGCGAAGUAGAAACGCUCACGAACGCGAUAGAUAUCCGAGCACCGUGCACGCUCAAGAUGCGACACGUCCAAACACGAGGCAGCACGGUCGUAGUUACGAGGAGCGCGCAAGAAAGAUGUCUGGCACAGCAUAUACACCGAGAAUUAUUGUCUCACCACCACCGCCGCCACCAUCUCCACCAGCUCAGCGAACUGUGGAGAAAGUUAAGAGCUCAAGAGCAGCAGUUGGUGCGCCGCGUGAACCCAAUACAACAGCCUCAACAAGACCAACAUCUACACCACCGCCUUUGCCGAAAAGCCAACCACCCUACAGUUCCUAUUACAGCUGUUGGUGUGGCGAACAGCAGGCUCAUCAACACGCUCACCAUUUGUGUACGAAUCCGCUACCAAAGCCACCGAGAAGUGGCGCCUUCCAUGCAAGUGCUGCCGCAUCGAGCACACCAGCUAACGCUGCGACUCGCAGAAGACCAAACGGACGUACGCCCGCCACGGCAACGUCCAAUGCACGUUGGUCUAUUCCUCCGUCACAAGAACCUGCCACUUCCACCUAUCAAUGGCGUCAGCAUAUUACGCCAACUCACUCGCUUCCCUCUUUUCCCCAUACUGAUUAUUGUGCUGCUAAAAUACAUAAACAACAAUUGCCACCAGCCGCCAAUGCGAAUUACAACUUUAACAAUACUAACACCACUGAUUUUGUACGCCACGUGACACGUGUUAAUUUCUAUGAUGUCGUUACUUCGCAGGUCGAAUUCGAGCCCAAAGAUGAUAGUGAUGAAUGCGAUACGGAAGCUAUUACCAAAGAAG